CCCUCAGACAAAACACAACCAGCCAGGAGGUGUUACACUUUCUCCUGACAUCCACGACCGCAGAGACACUUAAAACCAGAGCAAGGGAACUGAUAUCAGCCCUCUCUUCCUCUACAGCUCUCAGGAUUUCUGAAGGAGAAGCUACGACUGGACUUUUAAAAGAAAAAAAGUCAAUUAAACUUUUUUAAGGAAAACAUGGCACUUCGGCAAAACUCUGACAGGGAGCCAAGCAUCGAGUUGUUCAUUAAGGCUGGACAUGACGGGGAGAAUGUGGGAAACUGCCCGUUCUGUCAGAGGCUUUUCAUGGUUUUGUGGCUGAAAGGAGUCAAGUUUACAGUGACCACUGUUGACAUGAGGAAGAAGCCAGCUGAGCUCAAAGACCUGGCCCCCGGCACCAACCCUCCUUUCCUCCUCUACAACGGCACCCUCAAAACAGACUUCAUCAAAAUCGAGGAGUUUCUUGAGCAAACACUGGCCCCGCCCAGGUAUCCUCAUCUCAGCCCACUGAACAAAGAGUCCUUUGACGUAGGCGCUGACAUUUUUGCAAAGUUCUCUGCUUUCAUCAAGAACAGCCCAAAUAACGCCUUUCACAUGAAAAACCUGCUGCGGGAGUUCAAGCGUCUGGACAACUAUCUGAUCUCUCCCCUCCCCGAGGAAAUCGACCACAACUCCACAGAAACCAACACCGUCUCCAAGAGGAAGUUCCUGGACGGUGACCGUCUCACCUUAGCUGACUGCAACCUGCUGCCCAAACUGCACGUCAUCAGGGUUGCUGCCAAGAAGUACUGCGACUUUGACAUCCCCGUAGAGUUCACAGGUGUGUGGAGAUACCUUCAAAACGCUUACGAGAGAGAGGAGUUCAAACAGACGUGUCCGGCCGACAUUGAGAUCGAGAAGGCUUACUUCAUGGUGGCCAACCAGAGGAAAUAAAACCUCUGAUUCUCUGUAAUGAAUGUCCUGUUUUCAGUCACUGUGCAUGUGGAGGCGGUGAUCUGUAGAGGGCGCUACGAGAGUAAACUGUGGCAAAGAAUCAGACGCUUUUCCACCUUUAACACCUUGACCUGUUGUUGCAGUGAGACUGUGUAAAAUGCUAAAGCAAAAUGUUUUGUUGACUGUUUAUGCAUACUCUCUCACAGACAGAUGGUAUCUUUAUGCCACGAUGAAAAGGCCAAAUGUGCAAUUGACUGUAAGUUUUUGUUUAUAGUGUAAAUAGAUAUUUUUCCACACUUUUUAUGAUCAAAACACCCUCAUUAACAUAUGUGUGAUUGUGUGUGAGCAGCAGUUAAAGAAACCUCCACAAAGUUAAUUUUAUUGUCUCACUAAUAAAAACUAUCAAAUGCAUUCAUCAUAA